AUGAAUAAGAAUGGUCGAUCACUGCGGGAGUUCAAGUCACUUCCUUUUCCUGAUAUAAGCUUGAUCAAUAUGUGUAGAAAUACAUUGAUUAUGGAUGAGUUGAGAUAUGAUCGAGAAUCUCUCAAAAAUGAACAUCUUUCUUUGUAUUCGGGUCUCAAUAUAGAGCAAAAGGUCGUGUACACUGCAAUAUUGGAAGCAGUUUAUUCUGAUUAUGGCAGGUUCUUUUUUGUUUAUGGUAGUGGGGGUACAGGGAAGACUUAUUUGUGGAGAACCGUUAUUGCUCGAUUGCGUUCUGAAGGUAAAAUUGUAUUAGCUGUGGCAUCUUCUGGAAUUGCAGCACUUUUGUUGCCUGGGGGUAGAACUGCACAUUCUAGAUUUAAGCUUCGUGAAAGCUCAUGUUGUGAUAUUAACCAAGGGACUCAGUUGGCAGAACUAAUAUGCAAAUCGAGUCUUAUUAUAUGGGAUGAAGCUCCUAUGGCUCAUCGUAAUGCUUUUGAAGCACUUGAUGGUAGCUUGCGAGAUAUUUUACGCUUCCAUGCGCCAAAUUCCACAAACAAAUCAUUUGGAGGUAAAACAGUGGCAUUAGGUGGUGAUUUUAGACAGAUAUUACCGGUUGUUCCUCAAGGGGGUAGGGAAGAUAUAGUUGCUACUUCGAUUAGUGACUCAACUUUAUGGCAUCAAUGUAAGGUUUACAAACUCACAAUCAACAUGCGACUUCGAGACCCUACAAUGGAUUCUAAUGCUAUUCAGUAA